AUGGCAACUGUUGUUAGUAAUAAUCCUAACACAGCUAAUAAUGAUAACCCUUCAGUGCUAUCAACAACUCCGUCCGAUUCUUCAUGUGUGAAAACUAAAAGAGGAAUUUCUUAUGUCUUGGGUGAUUCCAAUACAAAUGAAAACCACAUUCUACCGAUCAAUUCAAUUCAGUAUUCUUCUCUUACUUCUCAAUUAUACACUGCCGGAAGAGAUGGAAAUAUCAAAAUAUGGGAAACCAAUAAUCUACAAGAAUAUCCACUGGAUUCACAUCCGGACUCAUAUCCGGAUUGCUUGGAUUUAGAUGAAAAAAUAUUACGGUUGGAAACUUCAAUUUCUUCAAACCCAAUAGCCUACAAAUCAUUAAAUAAGAAUUCCACAUUUUCAAUAACAAAAAAUCAUAAUCUUCAUUUCGAUUGGAUAAAUGAUCUACAACUCAUCAAUAAUGACAAGAAUUUGAUUUCAUGCUCAAGUGAUCUAUCAAUUAAAAUAUUGGAUUUAUUCACUCUUGAUAAUAAUGGCGAUUCAUCAUCUGCAAUACAUAAAUUACCCAAUCUUCAUACCGAUUAUAUCAAGAAAUUAUCUCCAUUUAAAAACCAACCAACUAUAGUAAGUGGGGGAUUAGAUGGUCGAAUGGUCAUUUGGGAUUUAAAUCAAUUGAAGCCAUUGCAAUCUUUGGAAAAUAGGGCCACGGGUAGUUCUGUCACUUCAAUUUAUUCAUUAGCAAAUAACAAUUCAAAUAUCAUAAGUGCUGGUGGUCCAAGUAAUACAAUUAAUGUGUUUGAUAAAAGAACCGCCAAUCCAUUUAUUAGAAACUUGAUUGGACAUCAAGACAAUAUUAGGUGUUUAUUAAUGAAUGAUAAAUUUAUAUUAAGUGGAUCUUCUGAUACAACUGUCAAACUCUGGGAUUUACGUACCUUUAAGGUUUACAAAAACUUUGAUAUUCAUGACUAUUCUGUUUGGUCAUUAUAUAGCACAGACAAUGAGUUUAAGAACUUUUAUUCUGGUGAUAAUGAUGGGAAUAUUGUGAAAACAGACUUGUCAAGACUUUUCGCUCAUAACAAAACCAAUGAAUUUGGAUAUACUGUCAACGAGAAUACUGCAUUGGAUGAAAAAUUGGGAAUUUCAACCUUUGUCGCUAAAUGUUCGACUCCUAUUUUAUCUAUUUGUCAUGAACUGAAAGAAAAUACAUUAUUUGCAACCAAUUAUCAAUCAUUAGAUAGGUUUGUUAUCCCUGACACGUCACAAUUAUCACAAUAUCAAUAUCUACGACACGGGUUAGAUUAUUCAGUCAACAGAGAAAACUCAUUCCCUGAUGAUUCUUUAAUCAAUGAUGUUCAAUCAAGUACUCAAAAUGACGAUUUGAAUUCAGAUUUUUAUGAUUUGAUUAGUCAUUUAUCAAUGGAUACUAACCCAAAUAAUAUUGAUUUACAAAGUACAUUUAGUCAUUCGGCAUACCCAGAUGGAACACCUCCUACGUUAGAUGAUGAUGACGCCGAGUUUGAGAAUGAAGAAAAGGAUGAGUACAUAUCAAUGUUUUUAAAUAUAAAUGGUGGACCCUCGUGUGAAUUUAUAAAUGCAUAUAAAGAAGAAGAAGAAGAAGACGGACAACAAUUACAAUUAGAAAAGAAUAAUAGCAAUAAUAAUGAUGAUGAUGAUAUUCUUGAUUUGACACCCGUGGAAAUUUUGUUAAAUCCUAUUGCUGUUGAGCAAAUUACCCUUGUUCCAUUUAAUAUGAUCCCAAUUAAUCAGUAUAGUUUGGUUCCAAAAAAUAUCGUGGCCAAGAAGAUGAUUAGUAAUAGAAGACAAAUAAUGGUUCUAUAUGUCAAUGGUGAUAUUGAAAUGUGGGAUUUGCUUACUUGUAAAGUGUUGCGAACCUAUCCUAAUAAAGUACGGGACACGUUUUUAUGUGGUAAAGAGUUGGAAGAUCGAGUUCGAGAUUUGGAAUUACUUGUACAAUCUCAUCAGUCGAAGCAGACUUUAAAUAAUUGGUGUGACGUGGAAAUCAAGUCAGGAAAAUUGUUGGUUACAAUAAAGGAGUCUUCAUUUUUGAAUGUGGAAGUAUAUUAUGAUGAUUUGGUUUCACUGUAUCCAUUUUUAGAUAUCAAUAAUACUGAUAAUAUUGGAAGAUAUAAGAAGAAUAAGCCUGAAGUGACUGAUGAUGAUAGAUAUUACCUUGGGAUUAUUAUGUUGAAUUCUAUUUUCCGUAAUUAUGCAUUGUAUGAAGAAGAAUUUGACGCACAGCUUCGUGAAGAGUUAAUGAAUAUGAAAUUGAAUAACAAGCUCAACGAUGGUACUAGUGCCAGUGCUAAGAAAUUAAAAUAUUUUGGUAAGAAGACAUCAAAGAUUGGUGCAUCUAAUCAAUCAUCACCAGCUACUUCUGCGAAUGCAAGCUUGGUUGAUUUCCCAACAUCCAAUGAAAAUGGGAUUGAUAAACUGUCAAAUAUUUCCGAAUUUAUCAACAGUAGCGAAGAGCAAUAUGCUACGUCUACCAAUGAUUAUAAUGAUACAAUUAUGAAAUUAUUGCAAGUGAACAAGAGAAUAUAUUGGGAUAGAUACAAUUCACCCACGUUUAAAAGCAGUUCAUCUACCAAACCAAUUGAAUCGAUUCUUAAUGUUGAUCAAAUAACUACCCUGUCAUCAAAUGGUAAGGAUAUUGACUUGAGAUAUUAUCCAAUUGUUGCAAGUAAACAUUUUCCACCUGAUUUAACCCUUCGAGUGUUUGAAUAUUCAUCUGACUUGGGUAAUUAUCGAGAUUUGUGUUCUUUUCAAUUUAAAGACUUAUCAAACUUGCGUAAAAACUAUUCAUUAGUGCAAGAUUUGAGAAUGAUAUUACCACGAUGGGUUGGUCAACCAAUUUUGUAUAACAAGCAUCCAGUGAAGGAGUCACCGAAGUUAACAUUCCAAUUAACAGAAGUUGAUUAUUCUACAUUGCCACCAAAUUUUAAAAUCGGAGGUAAAUCACAAAAGAAGAUUAAGAAAUUACCAGAUGUUGAAGGAUCUAUCAAAUUAACAUCACAUAAUAUGUUACGAGUAUCAAAGAUUUUGAGUUAUUUAACUGAUAAAUUUGAAUCAAGUACAAAAGAAAUGAAGGACAAGAAGUUGAAGCCUGCUGAUUGGUUAGUAUUGGAAUGUAGAGGACAAGAGUUGACUUAUGAUAUGACUUUACAAACGAUCAAGACUAAAAUUUGGAAAAGCGGUAGUGAUAUUGAAUUAACUUUUAGAAGAAAAUAUGAUUGA